CCCACCUCUGGUUGACGCUUUCAAUCAACUAUUGCCUCUGAAUAUGCGUCCUUAUGGCUAAUCUGUGUUAAUAAGAUGAUAAGAAUAAUCGCAAGUUGAAGAGCGGAUUUGGAUCGAAAUAUUAGCUCCACUUCGUGAUCGUACUCAUAUUGACUAGCACACAGAAACAUGUCAGUGGAAUUGUUGCAUUCACCUGGCUUCAAGAUCGACAGAGGGAAUUGUGACCCCAGGAAAAAAGAGGAGUGCAAGAAGCGCCAUCCAGCAUCAUGUAUUUACCGAAAAGUGGAAUGUCCCGCCAGAAAGUGUUCAGAUAUUAUGUUUGUUGAAGACGUUUGUAAACAUUUGGAACAUUUCCAUUACAACUCUACCGUCUUCACAACCAUUGACAGUGCCCGAUUGUCUUGCCGGUUUCCGAUUAAUGUGGGAAAUCCGAAAGGCCCCCACAAUUCUUUCGACCAUUCGUGGCUUUACGACGGCCAACGGUUUUUCGCCAGGUUUCAACAAGUUUACCCUGUUUGGUACUCAUGGGUCUAUGUAAUUGGGGACUCUGAAAUUGCCCAACGUUACUCCUGUCAGAUUGUGGCCAUCUCAGCACAAGAAAAACCAACGAUGAGGCUUCGAACUCGGUAUGUUGGACCCAUUCAUCCGAUUGACACGCCAAAAAAACAAGUCAGGACGAAAAGUGCCAACAGCCUCCAAUUGUCACACCUAGUGGUGGACGAGUACAAAAACAUGGAUGUGACAAGUGCAGAGAGGGAAAGCGGAUUCAACUCCUUUUUGAGAAUCGAUUAUAGAAUUAGAAAAGUGGACCGAAAAUAUCUGUCUGUAUAUGAAUCGGGUGAAAGUAGCAGGUCAUCUGGGGUGUUCAGAUUUAAUUGAGACGCGAGUUCUUUCAUUGAUCUCGGCAAGACGAAUUUGCAUGAUCUCUAAUAAACGACUGAAGUUGA